AUGUUUUUAUCCCUUCUUACAGAGGUAGGCCGGAGGUAUGACCAUUACAGAUGUGUCAACAAUGGAGGAACCUGUCACUAUUCCCUUUGCCCACUCUUCAGCGAAGUUAAAGGCACUUGCUACAAUGGGAAAGCCAAGUGCUGCAUGAGUUACCUCUGAGAUAGGGGUGACUGGGAGAAUGAACACAGACGUCAACGAAGCAUUUGUAACUCUUCUUUUGAGAAAACAUAAACCUUCUUCAGACCCAACGGAAUUGUGUAUCUCAUUUUAGAAGAGAUUAAGAAAGUAUACCAGAGAUGAUGGUGAUUAUAAAGUGAGAUGGGCCAGAUUAAUAAAAUCUGCCUGGCCCACGGGUUGUGGAAAUGAUCAUUGGGGCUGGAGUAGUAUCACUUACACUUUAUUUUAGCACCAAAUCAACAUGUUCAUCAGAGCUUAGUGCCUUCCACAUUU